GAGUGACCACACCCAGCAGUAAAUAUGGCAGCUAAUCCAUUUCUGUCGCUUUUCUCUAGUGAGGAAGAUGCCGAGGCCGCUGUACAAGCUAAAGAGAGACAGAACCAUCAAAUGAAUCAAAUUAUAGCCAGGGUGCUACUAGUUAAAGGAGGUAGUGAUCAGUUUGUUGAUGACAAGUUAAAGUACUUUUUGUUAUUAUCAGAUGAAGGUGUACUCACAUUUGAUAACUAUGAAAAGAUAUUAGCAAAAAGACUCCAGCUAAGUAAUCCAGAGAAUUACUUGGUGAUAAACCCAAGAGGAUCAGAGCACAAUGGCUGUGGUAGAGAACAUGCUAUAGAGUCAUCUCCUGUCCUCUAUUUGUCACAGUGUUAUGAUAGAAUAGGGUCCCAGGCUGCAGCUGUUAAAAAGGCUCCAACAUGGAAGGUUGAUCUUUUAUCAAGACUUAAAAAGAAAGUGGUUGAAAUGGCUGGUGUGAUGAUAUGUUCGGCACACAAUAUUUGUAUUUUGCAAGCAAAAGAUGUGUCCGAGAGUCAGUUUGUUCAUCACUGUAUGGACUCCUGUUCAAAAGGCUUGACUAGUUUUAUUUUGGAUAUUGCAAGAUCACAGACCCGACCAAACUUGGAAAUUAUCUUUAAUCCUCUCCUGAGUCACGUAUACGCCAGAUGUUCUAAUCUUACUCUAAUGUCAAGUGACUACUACCUCCUAAUUGAGGCUGUUAUGCUAUUUACUCAAGUUUCAUCUCUUUCCUCUUUAUUGGUGUCAUCUUCUUAUUGGUUUCCUGAUAAAACGGUCCCACAUAAUGGCAAGGCAUAUCAGGCUCACACUUUGCUUGGUCGUCUCCUGUCACCAACGACACUCUCUCCAUCACUAAUGCAGCCAUCGGAGCAUUUUAUUCACAAUUUCAUGCAAAGUAAAGAUUUGACUAGAUCCCUUCAGUUGCAGUUGGAAGGGAACGUAGCUAAACUUCAUAUCCUGGUUUCAUCUCUUUUACGUCAAGGGGAAGACGUCAAGGAGAGAGUUAUUGAGUGGUUUGUGUCCUGCUUUAAAGCUAAUGCUGACAGAGGAAAGAUGAUGUCCCGUAUGUUUAAUGCUCCAAUGAUCCAUACAGCUAGUGAUGGCUUCUUUCUCAACGUCUGUUGGGUCUUGCUUCACUUGAGCACCCCAUUCACUAUUCCCAGCUCUGGAUCUGCUGUUAAUCCAAAGCUAAUGAAUGUUGAUCCUGGAUAUUGUGUGCUAGGAUCCACUCGGGAUGGUCAUGAGGGCCCACAGUACGAUAAAGCUUUUCUUGAUUUCUCUCAAGAAACUAAAUUAACUUCAAGAGAGAUUCUUGUCUGCCCCAGUGAGCCGGUCCUUCCUGUUAAGUUUGUGUCUCACUGCUUCUUCCUCACUCACAAAUCUCUUAUCCUUGGGCUCACACAAACCAUUCAUUUGUUCAAGCAUAUUCACAGAAUACUUGCCACAGUUCAAGAGAUGGAGGGAAGGGGUGGUCCUAGAGAGAGACUUUUCCUCUCUCAGUUGUUAGGAGUUCAAGCUCAUAUCAUGCAUCCACAGCUGCUAGAGUUGUCUAUGAAAUUUUAUACUGCGACAGCUGUUUGGCUGAUUGAGCUAAUUAAAAAAGAAUCGGAACAAAUCUUUCCUAUUCCAGAGCUAGCACCUGUUUCACUCCUGACAAUACCAGAGUGCUUGGUUGAGAAUCUCUCUGAUUUCGCUGUAUUCCUAACUCAGAUCAGGUCAAGGAUUUUGUUAGAGUCAAGUGAAGUUCAGUAUCAAUUGGUGACAUUUUGUACAGUGUACAUGGGUUAUCCUCAAUUAAUAGCCAAUCCUCAUUUGCGUGCUAAAUUGACCCAGUUAUUAUCAUUAAUGAUAGAAACUGAUGACACAGAGCAACAAGGACUCAUGGGGAGUUCGUUUGUUGAUGAUCAGCGAGCUCUGUUUGAGCAACACGAGAUUGCCAUCCGUCACCUGUUCCCCUCACUUUUAAUGAUAUUCAUUGACAUUGAACACACUGGGGACUCAAUGGAGUUUGAAGAUAAAUUUCAGUAUCGUUUACCGAUGUAUAGAAUACUUAGUUUCUUAUGGAACAUACCUUGCUACAGACAAAGCUUAAAAGAACUGAGUGAUGAGGUUGACACAGUCCAAAUAAGCUCUCAAGUUCCUCUUUUCCUGAGAUUCAUGAACAUGAUAAUCAACGACGCCACUAUACAGCUUGAUGAAGGACUCCAGAAUUUAUCUGUUGUGAGAGAGAUUCAGUUGAUAAAAGAGUCACCAUCUUGGGAAGACUUGAGCAAUGAUGAAAAGAAAGACCACAAUGAGCGACUGAAGGAAGCUGUCAUGUAUGCCAGGAAUAGGAACAUACUGGCAUUGAAGACUGUUAACACAAUUGAAAUGAUCACUUCAGGAAUCACCAGGCCUUUUGUCAUACAGCCUAUUGUGGAUCAGAUUGUUGCAAUGCUAAAUAACUCCCUAAAGCAACUUGUUGGACAGAAAAGAAAAGAUUUCAAUGUAAAAGAUAGAGAGAAGUAUAAUUUUGAUCCAAAAGCAUUGGUCAGCUCUAUAAUUAGUGUUUAUAAUAAUUUGGGAAAAGAGGUCGAGUUUUGUCAGGCAGUUCCUCGUGACGAACGGAGUUUCUCUAUUGAACUUUUUGACAUGACACUGAAUGUUGCAAGGCGUUUGAAUCUUCCCUAUGAAUUGUGUGAUGGGUUAGUUAGAAUGAGACAUAUUGUUGCUAAGUAUCAAGCAGAGAUGGACGCCGAAGAGAAACUCACUAGUGAUGCACCAGAUGAAUUCCUGGAUCCAUUAAUGGGGACCAUUAUGAAUGACCCGGUCACAUUGCCUACUUCCGGUAAUGUUGUUGAUAGAACUGUCAUCAUGCGUCAUUUAUUGAGUGAUCAAAAUGAUCCUUUUAAUCGACAUCCACUCACAGUUGAGAUGCUACAGCCUAACGAUGAGCUACGCCAAAAAAUAAUUGAUUGGAAACACUCAAAACAAUGAAAAUUAUUUAUUAUAGCUUUAAUUUUUAUUGUAAAUUUUUCAAUUUAUUCUAUUAUUAUUAUUAUUAUAAACCCAAAAAACAAGAACUAAUUAGAGCUAAUUAUUAUUAUUAUUAUUAUUAUUAUUAUUAUUAUUAUUAUUAUUAUUGCCCUUCAGUAGGCGUGUUCCUAGCAA